AUGCGUGCUUUCUCUUCGUCCUUUUGCAUCGUGAGUUUCAUUCUUGCCAGCUACUCGGAAGGCUUUAGUCGGAUCCAAACUUGGCCUUACAACCCUACAGCCACUGCGAACCUUCUUGGUGAGCAGCCCAAGAUGGGUCACGAGAACAUGCCCGGCACCAACAGCCACACCUUACCAGACCUCAACACCGCCGCCUGGAUUCUCCCACAAAAUGUCAACGACGGCAGUUCCAUGAACACCAACUCUAUGGCAUAUCCUCCACAAGGCCAGGCCCUCACGGGCUUUGGACCGGAAGCUCCAUUUCAUAACCUCAACACCUCAUUUCCUUCCGCCAACAUCUCCAGCCCUGUGUACGAUCCGUAUGCCCAGGGCGAGCCAAAUCCCAUCGGCUUCAGUGGCAACCAUGGAUCAUCUAUGAGGCCAGGCUUACAACCGCUCAGACCUCAAGCCGCUCCGGCUUUCCCUAACAGUCAAGUCCUCGAUCAAAAUCUGUUUAGCCAGAGCAGUUUGCAAGCCCAAGGACCUCCUCUCAUGCAAGCCUAUCACUACACCAACCAGCCGGCCCUCCAACCCGUUUCUCCAUAUCCCAAUGGUGCGGGGCAGAAUGUUCCUAGCAGGAUGACCUAUCCGGGCACCUAUCAGAACCCGCUCCUGGGGCCGACUGGACAAGCCUUGCCGGCCGGUUAUCCACAAAUCCCGUUGGAGACUCAGAAGGCGCACCGGAGGGAAAAGAGACAGCGCGAAAAGUCGGAUUCAGAAGAACCCGCACAAAAGAAGCAUAAGAAAACAAAACGCCCUCGGGUUAAAGAACCCCCGCCAGAGUAUAACAGGCGCUACCCGAGACCGCCGUCAUGGGGCGUGGCGAGUGACGGCUCCCCGCUGUUCGUGUACAACGACGAUGGGGAGCUGCGGACUGACAGAAAGUACACCUCUGAGGAGAUCAGGACCUACAUUGAAAACUGCCCGCGGAAACUGAGGAUAUGGGUGCAGCAGUCUCCCACCCAAGUGGCCGACCGCCUCGGAAACCGCAACACGUGCAUGUGGAUGGGUUGCAUAAAACAGGGGCACAAGAUUGACACGGGCUUCUUCCGCAUUGCCUUUGACGAGUUCUACAAGCAGUCAAAGAGGGGGCACAGAGAUCCCCUCAGGCCUGCAGCGGUGAUGCACAUGUGGUGCUAUGAGCAGUGUUUCGAUCCCUUGGUAGACUAUCACCACUACAGACUCAAGGCGGACAAGCGGCCCUUAACAAAGGAGACGAGAAACAUGAUUAGUAUCAUAAACAAGGGCAAGCACAUCGUUCGAGAAGCGUUCAAGCCAUGGCUCAACAAUACCGAGUUCACGGAACAUCCUCGCCAGUAUACCGGUUCUCUCUCCUCUGCGUUGAAUGAGUAUCACCUAUCUAAUCGGUCAAAAAACCGUAAGCUCGCUCAAGAAGCGAGCAAAAAUCCAGGCGAAUGCACGAUUAAUACUCACAAGGGCGAUCUCAUGGUAUUCUGCCUCCGCGCUGAAAAAGGCAAACAGGACAUGAGGCAGAAGAAUCAACCGGUCAACCGGUUUCAAUUUAGGCCACGCCCAAGAAAGCUGCGGAUGAUAUCCGUAGAUGAGGACUCCGACUCCGACUCUGAGUCUGAGAUCUUGGAAAUCUAUGCAGGGCCAGGAGGAGCGGCGAUCCAGCCCGAGGAACCAUCCCAUGCCUUGAAGCCCCUUGGCGAGAAGGCUUUGAAUUCAAGAACCCCGGCUGCAGAUGUUGGCUCUCGCCAGAAAGGCUCUCACCCGGGGGCAGAUGGGGCAGAGAAUGAGGAGCCCAAGGGGUCUGUGAGAAACGGCCUGGAAGAUGACAAGAGAAGGGGGAUUACUCACGAAGAGGCCCCCUUAUAUGAAUUGAAGUUACCAGGGCUUGAAAAUCCAACUGAACCGGAACUGGGGCCUACAGAACCCGGCUUAUCACUAGAUGCUUAUUUUUUCACUGAACAGGAACUGGGUUUUACAGAAAAUGGCUCACCAUCAGAUGUUCUUUUUGGAGAAGAGCCCGCUAUUGCAGACGCUGAGAAAUUUGAUUUCUUCUUCAACGAGCUGCAAAACGAUUUAGACUCGUCAAGUUUCGUAGAGCAGCCAGUCCCUAAAGAAUCACAAUCUCCCGGAGAGCUACAAAAACCCAAGGAACUACCAGAACUCAAGCUACCAGAAUCCAAGGAACUUCGAAACCCCGAACUGCCAGAACUCGACGAACUGCCAGAACUCGAGCUACCAGAACCCAAGGAGCCGCCGAAACCCAAGGAACUUGAAAAACAACCCAAGGAAGUCUCAGGCGUUGAGGAUUUGUCAGGUUCUGGGGGGUCACAAGUAGCCGAGGCUGGACCUGGCGGGGCGUCUUGUUGA